AUGGGAGUGGUGAGCAGCAGAAAGCAGGUCAAGGAGAAGAGUAAGGGCCAAUGGAGCCCUGUGAAGGUCAGCUCCCAGAGCAGAGAGGCCCCACCACUGCCACCCCUGGUCGUGUUUAACCACCUGGCUCCUGCACCUCCCGCCACACACCCGGAUCGAGAAGAGCAUUUCGUGGUGGCGCUGUAUGACUACAUGGCAGUGAAUGAUCGUGACCUGCAGAUGCUGAAAGGGGAGAAGCUGCAGAUCCUAAAAGAAUCUGGAGACUGGUGGUUGGCCAAGUCUCUCAUCACGGGAAGAGAAGGCUACGUGCCCAGCAACUUUGUGGCCCAAGUAGAGACCCUGGAAGUGGAAAAGUGGUUCUUUAGAUCAAUUAGCCGGAAAGAUGCUGAGAGGCAGCUUCUGGCUCCAAUCAAUAAGGUGGGCUCCUUUCUCAUCAGAGAGAGCGAAACCAACAAAGGUGCCUUCUCCCUGUCUGUGAAGGACGUGACCACCCAGGGGGAGGUGAUCAAACACUAUAAGAUCCGCUCCCUGGAUGAAGGAGGCUAUUACGUCUCCCCCCGAAUCACCUUCCCCACACUCCAGGCUUUGGUGCAGCACUACUCUAAGAAAGGGGACGGCUUAUGCCAGAAGCUGACCCAACCCUGUGUGAGCCUGGCUCCUCAGAACCCCUGGGCCCAGGAUGAAUGGGAAAUCCCCCGGCAGUCUCUCAAGCUGGUCCGGAAACUCGGGUCUGGACAGUUUGGCGAGGUCUGGAUGGGUUAUUACAGAAACAAUGUGAAGGUGGCCAUCAAGACCCUGAAGGAGGGAACCAUGUCUCCAGAGGCCUUCCUGGGUGAGGCCAACCUGAUGAAAACCCUCCAGCACGAAAGGCUGGUUCGUCUCUAUGCUGUGGUCACCAAGGAGCCCAUCUACAUCGUGACCGAGUACAUGGCCAGAGGAUGCUUGCUGGAUUUCCUGAAGACAGAUGAAGGCAGCAGAUUGUCCCUCCCAAGACUUAUCGACAUGUCGGCCCAGAUUGCCGAAGGAAUGGCGUAUAUUGAGAAAAUGAAUUCAAUCCACCGUGACCUCAGGGCGGCCAACAUCCUGGUGUCUGAGACGUUGGGCUGCAAAAUCGGUGACUUUGGCUUGGCCCGGAUCAUCGACAAUGAAUACACUGCCCAAGAGGGGGCCAAGUUCCCCAUCAAGUGGACUGCCCCAGAGGCCAUCCACUUUGGGGUGUUCACCAUCAAGGCGGACGUGUGGUCGUUUGGCAUCCUCCUGAUGGAAAUCGUCACGUACGGGCGGGUACCCUACCCAGGAAUGAGCAACCCCGAGGUCAUCCGCAGCCUGGAGCGCGGCUACCGCAUGCCGCGCCCCGACUCCUGCCCGCCGGAGCUGUACCGCGGCGUCAUCGCCGAGUGCUGGCGGAGCCGGCCCGAGGAGCGGCCCACCUUCGAGUUCCUGCAGUCGGUGCUGGAGGACUUCCACACGGCCACGGAGCGGCAGUACGAGCUGCAGCCCUAGCCCGGCGCCCCGUGCAUCCGCGCCGCGGGCUCCGGGCCCCCGCCUCGCAGCUCCGGGGCGCACACCUGUGGCCCGACCCACGGGAGUGAUGAGGCAGGUUCCCCUCGCGGCUCCGAUUCCAGCCCCGUACCGGCUGGAAAGGCAGGAGGCGGCCGGCACGCCCUUUUCUCGGAUGAGGAAACUAGAGGCGGCCUGGAGGGGGGUCCUCAGCGUGGGCUCCGAGCCGGGUC